AGCUUCCUGCCUCUCUCCACCUCUUACUCGGCUAGCCAGAGUUUUUGGCUACGUAGAACACAGCUUGAUAUUCAUUAACGUUUCCUUUACUGUCAUUAUACGUAAACGAGCAGUAGACAACGCCACGCGGACAGUGCCAAGUUUCGCUGAGACUUCGCACAACUCUGCCUGCCUUGGUAAAGAGGAACGCUGCUAUUUCGUUCGACACGAAAAAGCGCACAACACUUUUUUUUUUAGAAUCUGGCGUAGAUUGCACACUCCACAAUCUUCGCAGCAGAGAAGCAACUGAAAAUGAGUGGCUCAGACAACAAAAGUUCGAGACCGACGGACAACAGCGGCGUGGAGGUCCCGGCGCUCAACAUCCACCCAAAGUUCAUGACAAACCGCAACGGCGCCUCCAGCCGAUCAUCGACGCGUCAGGGCACCCCGCGCAGUGAAGGCGCCAUCGUCGCUGCCGUGCCCACGAACGCAGAGCUCGCCGAGGCGGGUGUGCCGCUGCAGGACGGCGUGGUGCGCCAGCUUUCUGCCCGCAAGCAGGAGAGGGGCUCGCUGGCGGCGCCGCGCCCCGUCGCCGGCAACGGCAGUAGACGGCGCGCCCCUGCGGCGAUUGCGGCGGGCAGCGGCAUCGGUGAACCCCUGCAGCUGAGCGAGCCCCGCCAGCGUCGUGGCAAUUCGGGCACCCCCCGCUCCCCGCAGCAGCAGCCUUCGCGGCACGCCCCUUAUGCUGGCGGCUCUCGCGCCUCCCUCGGAAGCUCCCGCGAGCCGAUCCGCCCUGGCCGCAACGCGGGUCAGUCGCCGCUGCGUUCCCCGUCGAAACACCACGACCCUUACGGCCACGUCACGUCCGUGGUUCGCGACUACCGCAACAACAACAUUAGUGCCCUGGAGGCGCAGUACAGGAAUGUGCGCAGUCACUCCGCUUCACACGUGCCGCCGGCCCGCGACCCCGUCGAGUACAGGAGCACGUCGCAGCAACAAGAGGACGAGGACAGGGCACCGACGCCGCGCUCGACUCGGCAGGACUCCCCGCAGCCGCGAGACAGCGCUGCCGACUACCUGCGUGGUGGCGUGCCGCGCGUCGCGCUGGAGGCGCCGCACAUUAAAUACGCGGAGGCGCUAGAGAGGAUGAACAACCCCCGUUACUCCCCUCGCGUGGCGCGUGCGUACACCCCGUCCACCUCGACAGCGUCGGCGCCUUUUCUGCCGCAGGCGGCGCAGUCCAUUCCCGAUCGCUUGAAGUACGUCGAACCGUCGGAGGAGGAGAAGAAACGGCGCAAGGCGGAGACGCUCCGCCUGCUGCAGGAGUGGCGGGAGAGGCAGAAGGCGCGUAGCGCCGGUGCGCCUCCCGCACGCGUGCCGCCGCCGCCGCGUGAGCAGCAGCAGCAGUCGUCGGCAAAGGCAGCCCCACGCAUGCGCUCGACCAGCAGAAACCGUGGUAGCGCCCGCUCGCAGCCGCGCCCCGUGGAGCCGGCGGUGCUGGAGGAGAAGCCGGAGUGGGACAGCACGUUUGAGCCCGGUUUCGGCACUCCGCCGCGGACACCUCGCACCAGCUCGAGGGCGGCGCGCUCUGCGCGGAGCGGGAGGAAGAGCGGCGCUGCGUCGCGCGCGUCGUCGCGGAAAGGGCGGAAGUCUCGCGGUGCGACGCCACCGGCAAGUGCCCGUGGCGACGGCACGACGAACCCAAAUGCGUUCCGCCGCCGACUACUCUUCGACGUCACGGCUCCGGCGCUGUUUGUCGCCUAG